UCACAAUGUUGGCGCGAAUUGGGCGUGUGUUGUUUUGAAUCUCUUGGUAGUAGCAUAGUGACCACCAGAAUAUCAAAACAAGAAUAAUAGAAUUACAAUUUCUCCCUAAUAAAGUUAUUAAACUACUCCGCUUACAAAAAAACGCUAUGCUCAAAGACGGAAAAUCAAACCUACCGUGGGUAGAAAAGUACCGACCGGCCACCCUGAACGAUCUCAUUUCCCAUGAAGAAAUCAUCUCGACAAUUAACAAAUUCAUCCAGGAAGACCAACUACCCCACCUGCUGUUCUACGGUCCCCCGGGAACGGGAAAAACCAGCACCAUCCUGGCAUGCGCACGGCAGCUGUACAAACCGCAAUCCUUCAACCAGAUGGUCCUAGAGCUGAACGCUUCGGACGAUCGUGGUAUCAACAUCGUCCGGGGUCAAAUUUUGAACUUCGCUUCGACCAGAACCAUCUUCAGCGGUGGCUACAAGUUGAUCAUACUGGACGAAGCGGAUGCGAUGACCAACGAUGCGCAAAAUGCGCUCCGGAGGAUUAUCGAAAAAUAUACCGAUAAUGUGCGGUUCUGUAUAAUUUGCAACUAUUUGAGUAAGAUCAUUCCGGCGUUGCAGUCCCGUUGCACUCGGUUUCGAUUUGCGCCGCUUGCAGCGGAACAGAUUCUGCCUCGACUGGAGCAUGUCGUGGAGGCUGAAGGCAUUAAGGUCUCCGAAGACGGCAAAAAGGCACUGAUGACACUGGCCGGAGGUGAUAUGCGAAAGGUUCUGAACGUGCUUCAGAGUACCUGGAUGGCCUACAAGGACGUGACCGAGGAUAAUGUGUACACCUGCGUGGGUCAUCCGCUGAAGAGUGAUAUUACGAACAUUGUUAACUGGCUGCUUAAUGUGGAAAGUUUUAAGGAAAUUUUUGAAAAAAUUCAGGAACUUAAAACCAACAAAGGUCUCGCCCUUGAAGACAUCCUAACCGAAAUACAUCUUUAUGUGCACCGGAUGGAGCUUCCGCCUAGGGUUAUGUCCCAGUUGCUAAUCAAAAUGGCAGCCAUCGAAGAACGGUUGGCCGCUGGAUGUGUCGAGAAACCGCAGAUGACAGCUUUGAUUGCGGCGUUCCAGAUCGCUCGGGAUCAGGUCAUUAUUGAGGGAUAGUUUUGUUCAAACUGAGAGUACAAAUGCUACUAAAAGCGGAUGGGAACUAAAAAAGCUGAUGUGGAUUUGAUUAUUCCUUUUUUCACAAAUAAACUGGCGUCUUACGCAUUGGA